AUGGGGACCCUCGGCUGCGACCCAGCGACUAAACUGGCCACAGUGCCCCUGGCCCGGCGGGUGGCAGAUGGACACAUCCCAGAGACCGGGCUGAGGAAGUCCUGUGGAAUGACCACCCUGGAGAAUGGCUCCGGACCUGGCUUGUAUGUUCUUCCGUCCACUGUUGGCUAUGUCAAUCAUGAUUGCACCAAGGCAGCCAGUCCGGCCUACUCACUCGCUCGGAGGCCCAGUGAAGCACCUCUCCAGGAUUCCAGUCCAGGACCUGUCUACUUCUUGGACCCGAAAGUCACUCGCUUUGGCCGCAGCUGUCCCCCUGCCUACUCCAUUCAGGGACGGGGCAAGGUUAGAGGUCUGGAGGUGACACCAGGACCUGGGGCCUACAGCCCAGAGAAGGCACCCCCGGCCCGCCAGCGGACCGCCCCGGCUUUCACGCUGGGCUUUCGCCUUCGACAGAAGCCCCCAGACACCUCUGCUCCUGCCCCCAAUGCCUACACCAUGCCUCCCCUCUGGGGAUCACAGAUCUUUAUCAAACCUAGCAGUCCCAGCUACACCGUGGUGGGCCGCACAGCCCCUGCACGCCCCCCUCAGGGUCCUUCUGAGACUCCAGGCCCCGGGCAGUAUGAGAGUCCUGACCUCAACACCUACCGGCAGCGCAGGCCGGCCUUCAGCAUACUGGGGAGACCCCGGACACCACGCCCCCUGGAGGACACACCUGGUCCUGGUACCCACAACCCGGAACAGGUCACUGUUAACAGGGCCCGGGCCCCGGCAUAUACCAUGGGCAUCCGUCACUCAAAACGGGCAUCAACCAUGGUAGGGGACCUCAAAUGA